AUCACAGGUUUAUCUCCCCCAGAGUGCACUUUGGCUCUGAGAGCUACAAGUCAACACAUUUACACUCCUAUAUAAGCAGGUCGGGCCAGCGCUGCCUUCAACUCUGGUUUCCUUUCACAGACAUUUCUAUAGCGGCAACUAUAAAUAACAGGAUGAAUAAACUGCUGGUCCUUUCUGUGCUUGUUGCACUUCUUGCUCUUAGUGCUGAAAGCUUCCGAGUCCCCAGACAAACUGAGGAGGAAGAGGGCUCUUUUACUAAAAUGACAGGCAAGAUCAAGUCCUACUACAGCAGUGCUGUGGACACCGUCUCCGGAUAUGUGGACAGCAUCAAAGGCCUGAAGUUGGAGGAGAAAGCAAAGAAUCUUUACUCGGACACAACCAACAUCGUGAGCACGUACGCCGGCAUCCUCCAAGACCAGCUCUACCACUUUUUCCACCACUAGGUACACAACAAAGCUACAAAUAUACAACUUCAGUUGACCUUGGCUGCGCUUUCUGACAAGAUAACAGCACUCACUCUGUAGAUGAGAGGCCUCUUUACUCAGCCAAAAAAAAAAAAAAGCUUUGAGUGUCCACCUCUGAAAGCCUCAAAAUUUGUCAAGAAGAACAAGAUGGAACUGAUGGCAGAGAAAUUCCUUUUUUGGGUCUGCGAGACAGAAACCAACGAAAUCGAAGAAAGCUCUUCAUCCAUCCCGCUUCCCAACAGUUGACUUAAGUAUCCAUUCUCCCACUGAAUGAGUAUUAAUAUUUGUGUCAUAUCUUUAAAUAAAAUAUUUAUAUAAAAACUG